UAACAAAAAAAAAUUGUUAUUUUGAAAAUUAUAGCAAGCGAUGGCAGCAGCUGCCGAAAAUAGCAAAAGCAAUGCAGAUUUUGAAGAUGAAGGCGAAAGAGAAGAAGAGCAAGAAAAUGAUACGGAUUGGGAAGGAUAUACAGAGCUGGAAAUGGAUAUGGAUAGCGAUGUAGAAAGUUUAUAUUCAAAUUUUCGUAUACAAGAAGAAGAAGAGCAAGAAGUAGCAGCAGCUAGAGCUAGUGCAAGUCCAAGGAUAACAAAACCACAAGCUACUAUAACAGGUGUGGAGCCAAUGGUUAAAUAUCCUUUUGAGCUUAAAACAGGCGUGGGCAAUAUAUUAACGGUGCAUCAUACGGUGAAGGAUGAGCAAGGACAACAGCAGCGCAUACGCAUUGCUGCCAGCUGCUUUAAUGAGCUGAGCAAUAAGCUGCUGGUUAUUGAUAAGCGUGGCAACAUUUUUAUAUUUGACUUUGUUAGCAAGCGCUAUUGGCGUCUUGGACUGCGUUUGCCACAGGCAACACAGUUGAUGGCUUCACCACUGAAUCGCAAUGAGUAUUUGGUGGCUAACAAAUUGGGUCAAAUAUUUGUAGUGCAUGUGGAGCACUCGCUGGUGAACAGACGCAAUGAUGUGGGCAAUGCUGCAAUUGAGCAAAUAAGCUGGGGAAAUCGUAUACAAAGCUGCACAGCUACCAAUAUGCUGCUGCGCUAUGGCGCCGAGUCAAAGCUGCUGAAUCUAAAGACGCUGCAGGUGUCGCAUCAACUGGAGUUUGAUCAGUCGCGCUACUCGCUUAAGCUGGCUGCCUAUAUGCCCAAUACGGAUCAGUUCUUUACAUGCUUUACCAAUGAUGCGCUGCAUGUUUGGUCAUCACAUACGCUGCAAGUUGUGCGCAUUGCGCAGCCCAUCAAAGCGCUGCAGCGUAAGCUGCGUCUGCAGAGUGCAGAGAAGCGCAUAGCAGAGUUUGAGCUGCGCGGUUCGGAUGACAGCGAUGAGGAAGCGGACACAUUGGAGCUUAAUUUUGAUUGCCAGGAUCAUAACUUUGCAGAUGGCAAGCUGCUGGCUUAUAGCUUUACGCCAAAUGGCAAUAAGUUGUGCUUUAGCACACUCGAUGGCUAUUUGCUGCUGCUAAGCGCUGCGAGCUUGGAGCUGGAGCGUCUGUAUCGCCUGCGAGAUUUUACGCUUAAGCAGCUGCUGCUGCUGCCACAGCCAAAGGAGCGCAUACUGUUUGGCAUAACAGCGCGUGGUGCGGUUAUAAUGUUGGAUUUGGAGCAAACAGCGCACAAGUUGAUAGUGCAGCAGCCAGUGGCAAGCAGCUUGAGCUUGAGUCGCGAUGGCAAGCUGCUAAGCGUGCUGUCCAAAUGCGGCGAGGUGAAUGUUUGGUCCACUUGUCGACUUUACAAUGCGCUGCAAGCGCAAACGCAGUGCAUCAGUCAAGUGCGUGCGGCUAUAAAGCAGCCCAAGCUGCCGCUGCGUAGCAUAGGCGGCAUGCAGCACGAGCUGCGGCAGCUGCUGAAGCGUGAGCGCUUGGAGGCAAUGCUGCGCGAGUAUGGCUGCUAUCCGGAAAAGUAUCGCUUUAUUAUAUGGAGCACGCUGCUGCAGCUGCCAAGCAAUGGCGCGCAGUUUCAAGCGCUGCUAAAGCUUGGCCAGCCUGCUGUAGUCAAGCAGCAGUGCAAGAAGAUUAACAAAGAGCUGCCACGACGUGGUGUUAUCAAGGUGUGGAGCUGCCUUGCGCACUGGUGCAAAGUGUUUGGCUAUGCUGAGUUUAUGCCACAUUUGCUGUAUCCGUUUGUUAAGCAGCUGCCCAAGCAUUCGCUGGUGAUUUUCGAGCUUAUGAUGACGCUGCUGCUAAAUCAUUUUCAGCUUUACUUUGAAUUCUAUCCGCUGCCACCGGAGAACUAUCUAGCCAUGUGUGAGAAUCUGCUGCAGUGUCAUGAUGCGCAGCUUUGUAAGUACUACAAAUCGCUGGAGCUAAAGUCACAGGACUAUGCCUGGUCGCUGCUGCACAAUGCAUUUGCCGAAGCGCUGGAGCAGCAGCAGUGGCUAAUGCUUUGGGACAAUGUGCUCACCGAGCCGAGCUACUUUCUCAUCUUUGUUGUUGUGGCCUACAAUAUGCUGCAUCGCGAAGUGCUGCUGCGUCUGCCGGACAAGCAGGCGGUGCAGAAUUUCUUUCGCGAGCAAAAUGCUACAGAUGUGCCCAAGCUGCUGUCACGUGCGCGCAAGCUAAUGCGCCAAUGUGACGCCUCCAUGCAUCCGCGUCGUUUUUUGCAGCCAUUCGAACCCGUGCCCAAGGGUGUGUAUCCCAAAUUUCUCAACUAUCCCAGUCAAUGGAUUAGCGAGCAGGAGGAACGCAAGCUGUUGAUGCUUAAACAGCAGCAGGACAUUGAUGCGCGCAUACGUCACUUGGAGCUGGAAGAGCUCAAAAUCAAAAAACGUCUUGAAAACGGCCUUAAGCAAGAGGAGCACACACGUCGCCUUAAGGAAAUGGAAAAACUCUAUCAGGACACCAUACAAGCCGAGGAGGAGCGCAUUUCCUGUCAUCGCAAAAUGCUGCUCACCUAUCAGCUGGAGGUGCGUCAGCGCAAAAGCGAGGUCAUCACUCAGCUGCAGCAGUCGCAGCAGCGUCGUCGUGUGCUCGAAAUGGAAAAGGACAUUGACUUGCUUAUGCACAGCAUUGAACGCGAACGUCGGCGUCGUAAUCAAGAAAUGCUUUUCGCUGAGGAUGAAAUACGCAAUCAGGAACUGGAGCUGUUGGCGCAACGUUACUACGCCGAAACCGCUGGCGCACCGCUUGCCCAAAAAUAUUAUGAUAAUAUACAGAAAAUGUGCCAGGAGCGCGAUGAGCUGCAAAGCAAUCUCAGAGAAAUGACCUUGGAGCAUCUGCAAAAGCCGCGCAUUUCGGAAACCUCAAUACCAAUGGAGCCGCAGCUCAUCGAAAUCGAGCGCUCCAUACUCGAAAUACAACGUGAAUUUAGCGAUAUUAUAAAUAGCGAGGAAUAGUCUGACCAAAAACGAGAGAUUUGUACCUUCAAACAACAACACCUGCCUAUAAUCUAGUGAUAGUCUUUAUCAGACAUUUAUAUUGCGUUAGAAAUUUACAAAAACAACAACUGUGCAUUAUUAUACAUUUUAUAUGAACAUUAAA